CAAAUCAGGGAGAAAGAGAGGUGCUUAAAUGCAAAGAUGAAAGCUUUUUCCUCUGCGAAUCACGCAUUAGUUUCAUCUAUUUCCCACUGUUUUAUAGGAAGCCUGAAGCUGCGAAAGCGCAAGUCCAACUCCUCCCUCUAUUCGCGCAAAAACACCGAACCCACCCCCGCUCCUCUCCACCAAAAAAAGUUCCAAUUUUUUUUCUUCUAUCGGGGCGGCCUCGUCUCUCCCCUCGCCGGCGCCGAUGAGCCCAAGGAAGGGGCAGCAGGCCGAGGCGGAGCAGCAGAGGAGCUGGAGGGAGGAGGCGGUGUCGGCCGCCUCGCUGAGGCAGGUGGACCUUGAGAGGGGCACCAACGGGUGGGCCUCGCCGGCGGGGGAUUUGUUCCACCUGCGCGCGAGGGGGUACUUCUCCGGCGGGGGCGGCGGGAGGAGGGGGAAGGCGCCCUCGGCCGCCGAGUGGCUGCUCCGCCCCGCUGGCGUCGACUGGCUGAGGAGCCACUCGCGGCUCGACCACGUCCUCGCCCGCGAGGAUAACCCCGUCGCCGCCGCCUUCCGCCGCGCGCGCCUCCGGAAGGAUCCCGCCGCGCACUUCCUCCUCGCCGUCAACCUCCAGGUCCCCGGCCGGCCGGACGCGUACAGCGCGGUGUUCUACUUCGCGGCGGAGGCGCCCAUCCCGCCGGACUCGCUGCUCGGCCGCUUCGUCCACGGCGACGACGCGUACCGCAACUCGCGCUUCAAGAUCGUGAACCGCAUCGUCAAGGGGCCGUGGCUCGUCCGCGCCACCGUCGGCAACUACGCCGCCUGCCUCCUCGGCCGCGCGCUCACCUGCCGCUACCACAAGGGGGACGACUACCUCGAGAUCGACGUCGACAUCGGCAGCUCCGCGAUCGCCAGCGCCAUCUUGCAUCUGGCGCUCGGCGCGGUCACGUCCGUGACCAUCGACAUGGGGUUCCUCGUCGAGUCCCAGUCCGAGGAGGAGCUCCCCGAGAGGCUCUUCGGCGCCGUGCGCAUCGCGCAGAUGGAGAUGGGCGCGGCUAAGUAUGUCGAAACGGCGCCUGAAGAGGCGGCCUCUGAGGCGGCCGCCGGCGGCAGGGCUGGUGCCGGCUUCAGGGUUGGCUCAGCGAAGGUGGCGCAUGACAGCCGCCAUCAAGAACGCGCCGGCGGCAAGGUCGGGAGAUCCAUGAGCUGCCAGGAACGCGAGAGCGGAGGGACCAUUGCUGGCUGCGCUGUCAUUGCCUCUGUGGAGUCUGCUCUAGGGAUCUGAUGCUGUUGGUUAGUAGUAAUUAGUACAGCCUCUGACAAAAACGAGAGGCUUUUUUGCUUGACCCUUUUUUCUAUUGAGGUCCAAGAUUGCGAUAUCUGAUGACAGUAUUAAUCAAUGUCAAUGUUAAUCUCGUGUAUCUUGGUAUACGUGUAUGCUGUGGUUGUUAAUUUGGCAUGCGUACGGCCCCAUCUUUCUUCUAUACUGCCAUGGUUGGCCAUUGCUCGUAACUGCAAAUGCCUCAUACAGAACAACAGCUAGUUGCCGUUUAUCCCGUGUCAUCUAGAGUGGAAGUUUAGAACAUAGCAGAACAUGCUCUACUGUUAAUUCGUAACUGAAUGUGGGGGUGGAGUGUCUUUGCUAGGCUGAGCUAAUGGAAAGGACAAAGUGAUUGAACAGUAAAAAAUAGUUAGAUCAUUUCCCCACAAUGGCAGUUUUGGCCAGACUGAAAAGUUAGUAAUUCAGGUGAGAUGCACUUGUAACAUGCUUAACUGUCUGCAGUCUGCCACUGUAACUUCUGCUAUCUCUACCUGUUUAUCGUGACCUAGUUGCCUUGCCACAGGUGUACUCAAUUGUGGUCCAGAUUGGCCAUGAUCUGUAGCUUAGGGAAAGUAUAUUGUUUUCAUUGUCAUGGACUGAAGGUUGGUGGUGUGUUUAAAUCCUUUGUUCGGCAAGAUUGCCUUCAUUGUUCCUUUACUUACAUAGUUAGUUGUUUAGUUGCUUUGGGGGGAACACAGGCAUGUGUGCUCGACACAAGUAUUUACUACACAUAUGAUAAUUAUGUCAUUUAGGUGUGUUGCCGAUCAAACUUCCUUUCUAGCUUGAUGCACUCAUGCUUGUAGAAGUUGUUCAAGUGACAUUGAGGGCAUCAUAUUGGUGAUCUGUCAAGCAAUGUACCUGCGUCCUGUGGUCUAAUUGCAACCCUUGCUGUGGUCCAUUUCCUUUGUUAAUUAGAUGAACUAUCGUAAUCAGUUCUCCAUUGUUGGCUGAAGAUCUAUUCUUUUAGACAACAGAACAUGGAGUUCUUAUAGUACACCCUCUUUUAAAAAUAUUCUUAUAGUACAUUCAGUUGUGGGGGGAUCUUCUGAGUUUUUACUUGCAUGUAAAACCUAAAUAUUUCUCUCUGUUAUGCAAGUAUAAGAAUGGUCAGAAUCUCUCUAUAUACAACCAAUCCUUCAGAAAACUUCAAUCUAGACGAAAUUGUGUACUUGUGCAUAUUCAAAAGGAGGGAAAUCUGGAGUAUGAAAUUUUUAGCUUUUAAUUAGGUUAAUACUGCUGCCCAUUAGUCUUGGUUAGACUUAAUCCAUUGAAUGAAUAAAAUUCACUCUGAACAAUGUAGCUGAGAUUAUGGAUCAUAACUCAUUACAUAGUAAGUUUAUUCAUUGUUUCACAUUACAUAUUGAAAAUGUUGGAGGAAACAAAUAACAUCUGCAAUUAUAC